UUCUGAAGUUAUACUGAGUUUCAGCAGCAGCGACUGCUGAUGAUAUCCCCGUAGCCUACGUUGUCGGUGUAAAUCUGGGCAGCUAUGAGCGGAACUAUCGACGGUGUUGUGUCCCCCACCCAAACAAUUACAAUACCUGCCGACAUCUCCGGACAGAUGUUAGAUCUAGACGAGGAUGACGAUUUAGAAGUUUUCAGCAAGGAUGCGACCCUUGCGGACGGGAGUAUGUUCAACGCCUCCAUGCAAACAUCCCCAGGCUCCAUGGUCAACCAGUAUAAGUUUGAGGAGGACGAGGAGGGUGACUCCAAAGACAUUUUCAUUACCGUGGACAACCCAGAAAGUCAUGUGACUGCCAUUGAGACCUUCAUCACCUACAGAGUUCUGACCAAGACCACACGGAGUGAGUUUGACAACUCUGAGUAUGAAGUCCGCAGGCGCUACCAAGACUUCCUCUGGCUCAAAGGGAAACUGGAGGAGGCCCACUCCACUCUCAUUGUUCAUCCUCUGCCAGAGAAGUUUGUGGUGAAGGGGAUGGUGGAGAGGUUCAAUGGUGAUUUCAUCGAGACACGGAGGAAAGCUCUCCACAAGUUCCUUAACCGUAUCGCUGAUCACCCCAUUCUGUCCUGCAGCGACGACUUCAAAGUCUUCCUUACUGCUCAAGCCUGGGAGCUGACAACCUAUAAGAAGCAAGGACCGGGGUUCUUGAGCAGGAUGGGGGAGACGGUGCGAGCGGUGGCUAACUCCGUCAGAGGGGUGAAGAACCGGCCAGAGGAGUUUACUGCCAUCCAAGAGUACGUAGAGGAUUUCAGCAACAAGAUCACCUCCCUGGACAAAGUCACCCAAAGGAUCGUCAAAGAACAGAAAGAGUAUCUGGAGGAGCUAAAGGAGUACGGUCCCACGUACACCCUGUGGUCGGGCUCAGAGGAGGAGCUAGUGGAGCAGUUAAAAGGUGUAGCCGGCUGCAUAGAAAGGUGCUGGAAAGAGACAGAGGAACAGGUCGGCCAUCUCUCAGACACCCUGGUGCCUGCUUUACACGAGUACGUCCUGUGUGCUGAGACACUCAAGGCAGUAUUGAGACGGAGGGAUAACAUCCAGGCAGAAUUUGAGGCCAAGAAUGAAGCUCUGGCCACCAAGAAAGUCGACCGAGAUGCAGAGUCUAGUGAUCUAGGUUUUGUGUGGGGGAGCCUGCUGGGUAAAAACCCCGAAGAAGCCAGACAUCAGAGGCAGGAGAGACUUGAUGUGGAGAUUGAAGAGCUGAAGGAGGAGAUUGAUAAACUGGAGGACCGUGUGGAAUGGGCCAACAAUGCACUGAAGGGUGACUGGGGCCGAUGGCAGAGGAGCAUGAGAGGAGACCUCAAAUCAGCCUUUCUCUCCACCGCAGAGAAGAACGUAGACUACUACGAGAAGUGUCUGGCAGUGUGGGAGACCUUCCUUCUCUCCCAGAGAACAGAACCCAGCGAGGAGACUGACAGAGACAACACCUCCUAACCCCCACGAUGCACCUAUUCCACAACCCUCGGCCCACCACCCCUACCCUACCCAGGGGGCACAGCCAAAGACACCUUUCAACACAACCCGGAGGACUCAUGGAAUUUAACCCUAAUCAUUCCAAUGAAGCUUCACUUUAAAGUCACUUUAGCACAGACCGUGAUAAAUCGGAGAGAUCUUUAAAUAUGCAUGAUCAGCCAGCUUCUGUUUAGUACAGCCAUAGGAUCUGAGGGUAGAUAUACUGAAAACACUAUGAUGGAUCCACCAUGAUGACUUUCACAGCGAUACGAUGACAUACUUGUUUACCUGUUUUACAAUGACUCACUAUGGUAUUUUGAUAACAGAAAAUAAACUAAAGAGUGUCACUUUUUUUUAAUACUAUACACUUAUUUUUCUCUUUGUAAAGCUUUAAAUUGGGUUUUUAAGAUGUUGGCAUAAUAAAAUGGAUUGAUACGUUG